AUGCAUUUUCUCAUCAUCUUUGCCAUACUGGACAACAUCUUGCUGACCGUGGUGGCCUAUGACCACUUUGUGGCCAUCUAUCACACUCUGCACUACACGGUCAUCAUGAACCCCAGAUCUGGAGGAUACUGGGACAUGAGCGCCCGAACUCCAUACUGCAAAGUUUCUUGGCGCUGCGACUGUCCUUCUGCAUGUCUGCUGAAUGGCAUCGUGCCAUACGCCGCCAAUUGGGUGCUGGACAGCGGACCUCUCACGGGCAUCCUUUACUCCCACACAAAGAUUGUUUCCUCCCUCAGCGGCAUGGUUUCGCUCAGGGCAAGUCGAAGGCAUUUUCCACCUGCGUCUCCCCAUGACCGUGGCCCGCUCUUCUACUGCAUAGGUAUUGGCAUGUACCUGAGUGCUGCUGCCUGCCGAAGCUCCUGCUCCAGUGACAUGGCCUCAGUGAUUUACACGGUGGUCAACCCAUGCUGA